AGCCUGGAGCGGGAUAGACUCCAGGCUCCACAAACACACAGCCAACAGGCAAGGAACUGUCAGCGCUGGGGAUCGACGCUUCGUCCUAAGUUGUACAUCACUUUAAGCACAGACGUUUGUCCUGAAACUUCUGCAACAUGCCAAAGUGUCCAAGGUGUGAAAAAGAAGUGUACUUUGCUGAGAGGGUCAGUUCUUUGGGUAAAGACUGGCACAGACCGUGUUUAAAAUGCCAGAAGUGUAAUAAAACUCUAUCUCCUGGUUCACACGCAGAGCAUGAAGGCAAACCAUACUGUAACAAUCCUUGCUAUGCGGCCUUAUUUGGACCAAAAGGUUUUGGACGAGGAGGUGCAGAAAGUCAUGAGUACAAAUGAAAAGAAGGACUUAUGUCAUACUCCAGAGAAGACAUUUUAGAAAAUUCCUGCUCCUGAGGAAGCAGAUUGUAAUGAAAAUGUUAUGAAUGUACUAUACUAUUUUCUAAUGCAUGUUAAAGCUGCAAGGAUGUGUCUGCUCUAGACAGUACUUCCUCUUAUGAGGAUGCUGGAAUUUAUUAAACAAUUGUAAACACAUCUGUUUUACUUCUUAUACAAUGUUAGGCCAAGUAUGCUGAAUUGUUUCAGAUAUAUACAUUUUGAAACCACAGGACCCAUUUUCUUAAACUUCUUUAUUAAAGAUUAACUUACAAGUCUGUAAUAAUAAUCUGUUUAAAAAAAAACAAUAAACAGAAGGGAUAAUAUUUAA